AUGGCGCACAAGGACGCGGCAGCUGCAGAAGCGCAGCCGGUGCACAAGGCCGACGACUCGGAGCGUCUCCACGAGCUCGGGUACGACCAGGAGCUCAAGCGCGGCUGGUCGACCCUGGAAUCGGUCGGCGCGAGCUUCAGCGUCAUCAGCGUGUGCACCGGCAUCACUACGAGCUUCCUUCUGGGCAUGACGAACGGCGGACCAGGAGUUAUGGCCAUCGGGUGGAUCUGCGUCUCCAUCAUGACCAUGUGCGUCUUCGAUCCCUCGAGCUUGCCGGUACGGUUCGUCGCCUUCUCGAUGGCCGAGGUCGUGUCGGCCGUCCCGUCGGCAGGAGGGCCCAUGCACUGGGCAGCGCUCCUCGCUCGGCCCAAGUACAGCGCGUUCGCCGCCUACGCGACAGGCUGGUUCAACUUGCUCGGCCAGAUCGCCGUUACAGCGUCCAUCACAUUCGGAAAUGCAAACCUCAUCGCGACCCUCGCCGGCGAGUACGGCUUCGAGAGCUCGGCCGCCCGCAUCAUCGGCAUCGACGCCGGCCUCCUCGUCCUAGCUGGCCUGUUGAACUCGGUCGACGUCAAGCUGCUUGGUCACCUCAACCGCCUGUCGAUCGCCAUGCACUCGGUCGGUGUCUUCUCGGUCGGCGUCGCCCUUCUCGCGAGCGCGCCGUCUUUAAGGUCGGCAAAGGAAGUGUUCGGCACGUUCUACGACGGCACGGGCGACCCUGGAUGGAGCAUGCGGGCUUCUCCUGCCUACGUGGCUCUCACUGGUAUCCUCCUUGCCCAGUUCACCAUCACCGGCUUCGACGCGUCGGCGCACAUGGCCGAGGAGACGGCAGACUCGGGACGAGCAGCACCUCUCGGCGUCCUCAUCUCGGUCGGCGCGUCGGCGUGCUUCGGCCUCUUCUACCUCUUGUCCCUCCUCUUCUCGAUGCCGGACUACCAGGCGACCCUCGACUCGAGCCAGCCCGUCCUCCACAUCUUCGUCGAAGCGUUCGGCAAAACGAGAGGUGCUGUCGCGUUCGGCUUCAUCAUUUGCUGCGUCACACUGUGCGGCACCUUCUCGGUCACGUCAAACAGCAGGAUGUGCUUCGCCUUUGCGCGCGACGCCGGCCUUCCGCGCUUCUUCGACAAGGUCGGGGCGAGAACGGGCGCGCCGGUCCGGACCGUGUGGCUCGCCGUCGUCCUCGCCUUCUGCCUCGCCCUGCCGUCGCUCGGUAGCGCCGUCGCGUUCACCGCCGUUACCUCGAUCGCAACCAUCGGCCUGUACAUCUCCUACAUCAUUCCUAUCGCAAUCGCGGGCUUCGACCAAGCUCGAUUCCGCACACUGCGAGGCCCCUUCCACCUCGGUAUGCUCAGCAGGCCCGUCGCCCUCAUCGCGACAGCCUACGUGAUCUUCAUUACCGUCGUCUUCUGUUUCCCGACGGCCAAUCCAGUCGACAUCAACACGCUCAACUACGCGCCGGUCGCCGUCGGUAUCGUGCUCGUCUGGGUCUUUGUGUCCUGGUUCUGCGGCAUGCGGCGCGUCUUCCGGGCGCCGACGCAGGACUCUUCUAUGGCGGCGCCGACCAAGGUGUCGAGGUUGAGCGACGAAAAGGCCGACGAGGAGGGCAAGGACGAGCCUGCAGGAGGCUCGAUCGCGCAGGUCAUUACGAGGUGA